CGACACGACGCGUGCGACACCCGAUUUUGGGGGAUGCCGUAUCUGUGAUCGAUCGUCAGUUGUUAUGGAUCACCUCCCAGCGUGCGCGGCACUCAGGCAGCCCGGAACUGUGAUAGUCAGAAUCAAGAUGGAAGUGGCCAGUUGUUGUUCAGGGUCUGGGCCGUGCCUCGUCCGGCAUUGCCCGAAAUUUGUACACAGGCCGUCCGGAUGUGAACGAUGCAGUAGGACUAGAUUAGUUAGCCAAUACAGUGACUGUGAUAGUGGUAUAGUGGAAAAAUGCCGACCCUACAAAUCAAGCUCAGCUAGAAGUAGAUACGUCAACGUCUGUGCGACAGUGUGCCUGCUAUUAUUGGUUGGAGGUUUGUCUCCGCGAUCCUCAGCGGCGCCUCACAGAACUCGCAACAUGGAACGACAGAAGAGAGCUGCCGACGAUGAAAACUACUUGUGGCGCUACCCGUGCAGUUACAAUGCCACCAAUCCUAAACCUUACUUGCCAAAAGACGCCAAGCACGUCGCGCAGCAAGCUAAAGAUGUUUAUGAGCAGGCGGCGAGCUACAAAGAUCAAUUCACAAAAUUGCACAGUUUCGAUACGUUCGAAAACUUACUGAAGGAGUGGAAAGAUGACUGGUUGAGAAAAUUCCCGUGGUUCCGUGAAGAGGUGCUGCCUAAGACAAAGGUCCUCUUCCAGAGAGUGCCUGAUGAAUAUGUAGUAGACUUAAUGGCAAACAUUGACGAUGUGCUGCCUCCGAUGUACAAGGGGCUGAAGAUGAUAAUGGCCAGCCUGCACAAGCUGAGCCUCAGUCUGAAGAACGACGGCAUCAGCUCCGACGAGGAGCUCGCCGGCUACAUCUCAACAACGAUGAACAAUGUUGGAGCAGUGCUCUGCUAUUUCUAUGAUCUGAUGAAAGCACGUAAUCUAGAAAUAUUUCCCGUGUACGAUUCAGAAAUCCCUGACAUCAAUAAGUCAAAUAAGUUGGAACUCGGCCUCUACAUCUACAGGGACACUCUUAACUAUCUGGAAUACAUCGCGCAAGUCUUCGAAACUAUGUCUGAGACGAAUCUCCCUCCGACCGCUUGAAGCGAUAACUUGUUUGUGCUAGAAUAAGAUAGCUAAAUACGAGGAACUUCCUUCGCGUUUCACCAAUCCUACGUUCACAUAUCUGCUAGAUGUAACACAUGGACAAUGAAAGGCUCCUAGAUGUAGAUAAAGUGAAUUUCGAGGCUAUAUUUAUGCCCAAAACUAUACGCAUUGUACUUAUAUUAUUUUUUGAAUCUGUCGAGUUUAAUUGUUAUGAUUGAGACGACUACUGCAAUUAGCGGGGCUUUCGCAGGUUUAUAACACUAAUUCAAUGAUGUUCCUCAACUCAUGAAAGUUGAUCCGUAAUGAAUUCCUCUUUAGUAAAUUGUUUUUUGGCUGUUGUUUAGCGAAUAAUCUUAGUAAAAGAGAUGUCAUUGCCAUUACAUUGCCAUUUUGGUCUAAAACGGAUUAGUUCCUUUUAAUGUAAAUAGUGAUGAAUUUAAAACUUAUUAAUUUAUUAUCCUGCUGGUUUAACAUUCUAAAUUUCCCGAUUAUCCUAGUCAAGGUCUUAACUUAUUUAUUUCACUGAACUCCACUAUAGUUUCAAUUUAUUUUUAUUGGUAUUAUUUAAUAUAGAUUUUAGUGUUAGUCUUCAUUCCACCAGAAUACAUGUUGUAUGUCUAUGUUAUGUAAAUUAUUGAGUGAUUUUGUGAUAAGUGUUGAAUGAAAGUAGUUUUUAUUUGUAUAAAUAUACAGAUUAUAAAUGUUUAGCAGUGAAAUGCUUGUGACUUGAGUAGGCAACAUGGCCUGCACUAAUUUAAUUGUACAUUCUAUUCCUACUUUCUUUAGUAUUAAUUGACUCUUUGUUAACUAUUUAUAUUACUGUUAAAUCCAAUGAAAUACGAUUAGCUUUAAUAGAUUAUUUUAAAGUACAGAGCCAGUGUAUUAUUAACUUAAUCAUUAUUUGUAUAGUUCAAAUAACACCUAUUUAUAACGGACAAACAUGCUGUCUGUGUUUGUGAAAUUAAAUUAUUAUUACAUUA